GGCGGAUGUUGUAUUGUUUACUUCCGUUAUCGCAUCGUCUCCAAUGAAAUCCUGGAGGAGAACGUCUAACCCGAAUCAUCUAACCUGACUCAUUUUACCCGACUCAUCCAUUUCGACUCAUCUCACCCAAUCCAUUGGUCUCACUCAGCGUUGCGUGGAGCAUGUGUUCAGAUUGAGGUCACGUGAAGGAUCCUGGUCGGGGUCCAACAUGGACGUGAGCAUCGCGGUGUCGCUGAUCCGGGGCCAGAUGGGCACGGUGGUGGAGCAAGCGGUGAAUGGGGCAGUUGAGACGGUCCUGGCUGAAAUGCUGCGCAUCGUGGGAGUGAAGUUCGAGGAGCUGAAGGCCCAGGUGGCCGCCCUGCAGCGGGACAAGGCGGCAGUGCAGCGGGAGAAGUCUCUGAAGGAGAAGGAAAACGACAAGAUAAGGGCCAUGCUGAGGUACACAGAGCUCAAGCUGAAGUACUACCGCCAGGGGGUUGAGGAAGAGAUCCAACAAAGGGCCACUACCUCGUCUCACCCAAGCAGCCAGAAUGCCUCUCCAUCCUCCACGGCCCGGGGCCUGGAGCCGCCGCCCGGGGAGACGGGGCCCGGCUCCGGGCUGCUUGACCGGACCGCCUCGGAGAACAGCCAAGUAAUCCCCGCCUCCCAGAGUGGCAGUCGGCCCAUGGUCAGAGUUAGCCACCAAUCAGAUGAAGGAUCUGAGGUUACUGAGCUGACCAACCAGACUGACCAAUCAGAUGCCCUGCCUGACGGGCUGCUGGGAUAUGGUGGCUCUGGCCAGGAACAUGGCUCAGAGGACCUGCAUUAUUCUGGGGAUGGACAUGCUUCUGUUCAUGAAAAAGAGGAGGAGGAGGACGGGGAUUGGAUAAUCAGCCUGCAGUCAGGUAUGCAGAGCGCGGCUCCAUCUGCUGGCCAUGCCCCCUUCCCAGCAGACAGCUCAACCCUGCCCUGCUCCACCCCACCUGUUCAGGUGAAGGAGGAGUUUCCUACCUUUCAGGAGGUGUUGUCCAUAAAGGAGGAGCCGGAGGAAGAACAGGUGGGCACUCUGCUGCUGGACUGCCAGGGUAGACCAGCUCACCUGCUGGGGCAAGAGGGUCAGCAGUCAGAAUUCUCUGGAGGCUCGAUGAUGCAGAGGAACCUUCCUGGCCACAUGUCUCAUGGUUUUAACUUCCCAGGGUCCACUUCCUACAGUGUUGCCGGCUCCUCCCUGCCAGUACUGCUUGCCCACGUUCCUCCGCGCCAGGCAGUGCGGCCCUGGCCUAAAGACCUCAGACUCUAUGAAGAGUACAAACUGCGCAGGAACGAGCUGCAGCGCCGCAGCAUCGACCGCCGCCGUGAGCGGGAGAAGAGCCUGCCCCAGCCACUGCUGGCCGACCUGGUGAGAGAGCGAAGAGAGAAGACCAGACUGAGAGUUGCCCGAUGGAGAGCCAAGAGAAAACUACAAGCUGGCCUCAACCAGGCACAGGCUCUAGGGGAUGCCGCUCCUGGGUUCUCCCAGCAGAACGUCCGCAGCCGCCACCCUCAGCAACACCCGGGCCGGCCCUCUGGAGGAGUUGUUCCCUCAAUCCGAGCCUUGCCCUGCGAAGCCACCAGCUUCCUUCAGAGCAAUAUGAUGCCUGGCAACAACAACAUGAUGCCAAGCAACAGCAGCAUGCCAAGAAACAUGAUGCCUUGCAACAAUAUGCUGCCUAGCAACCGUUUCCCUGCCUACAUCUCUUCCUCUUCCUCCGUCUUUGUGGGGCCAGACAAUACUGGUGCCCAGCAUGCAGUGACAUCAACCUCGCCAAACGUCCCCUCUGGCCAAUCACAGCACCUCAGCUCUCUGAUGGACAGCCACCUCUUCCAUUGAAACGUCGGGAUGGCAAAGUUUUAUACAUGACUAGUUAGGGGUCCGAGCAGCGAAGCUGCUUGGCCCAUAUUGUUUCUGUAAAGUUUUCUUUUUUUUCAAAUUCUGUAAAAGUCAUACUGCAGCCUAUACCGUAAGUCGAAAACUCUUAAAUUUUCAAGUAUGGUUACCAAUAACCCCCUCUACCCAUAAACCUACAUUUGUGUUACUGCACCCAAAGGUGGCUCUAUUGUAAAAAAAAAUCUGGAUUUAGGUUUAUUUCUCCUCACCAGAUUGACCUGGACUCAAAAUUCUUUCAGAAUAUUAAUCUCUAGAAUCAGACGCAUUUUUAGCUCUUAUGUCCUAAAAAUGUAUGCUUUUCCCACAAUUUCAUAUUAAAGCUAAACAUGAAAAAAAAGAUUCACGGCUACAAAAAUAAUCCAAAAUUCACCAAAAUCGCCACAUAAAAUCUUAAAACCAAGCCUCACAAAAAUUAUCAGCUUGCUUAGUUCCAUUUGAGAAAUAUUGGCCAAUAAAGUUGGAGCAGUAAGCCCAUUUUUAUGACCAUUUUGUUAUUGUAUAAAAAAAUUAUAUUUCUUCUGUUAGAGUUCUUGACAACAAAUUUUUAUUUCCACAGAAUCUCAUAGAUUUUUCAGGUAUUUGCUUUUAAGAAAGCCCUUAAUUCAUUUGAGAAAUGUUUGCUUGGAGUUUUCUGGAUGUUGAAUGCUUAUCGAUAGACAUUUUCAGCAUGUGAAUGAAGCUACAUUUCAGGUUUGUCAGUGGCUCAAUGGGAUAAUGCCUUGUACUGGUGAUCAAUAGUUUGAAUCCCGAUUAGACAAUUAUCAACAAGCUGAUCAUGAUAUUGCCAUUGCUCUGCAGCCCAGUCACCUGAAAGCAGAGGCACAGUAUGGCAUUAAGGGGAAUAUCAACAUCUUUCCUUUAUUAUUAUGUCAUAUUUAUACAUCUUCCAUUACUGUUCUUGACUUUUCAUUUUGCUCGGACCCCAUUAAUCACCGCUUGCGGUUAUAUUUAUUCUUGUGAUUCUGUGCUUAUUUAAUGUAUUAAAGAUGUAGAAUCCUAGAAGCUGGUCAUAGGAGGCAAAGUCUGUUGUUUUAAACAAGACAUGACGUCAAAAUACAUUUUCACUAAGAUAGGAAAAAUGUGUGAUUCUGAUUUCCUAUAUGGAUUAAAUAAUGUACAUGUUCCAUGUUUCUACCAAGUGAGCGGAGCAUACAAUAUGUGGGCAGUCAGUAUGUCAAUCAUACCACGCUUUGUCCAAAGAUGAGGGCGGACCUACCAUGGAGACGAGGGUUGGAGAGACAAGUCAUCACGAAGAUCACUCACCGAGGAGACAGAUGGCCAACCCAAUGCUCAGUUUAGCUAGUAAACAUGGACUUAAUAAAUUGAUUGACUUGAACAUUUCAAUAAUUUGUUUGUAGGUAGACUGAUUCAUAUUCUAAACUUUUCUAAUAAUAAUUUGAACAACUUCUAACAAACUCCACUAACUCAUUAUGGACAAGAGAGACCUGAUUCCUUGUUAACCUGGAUAGAUCUAGGAUUUCACUGAAGCAAUUCAAAUUAAAAAACAUUUUCUACCCCUGUU